GCUACGCGCACUUUGAUUCAUAUUCCCUCGACAACCCCACGACAAAUUCGACAAUCACCAUCACGAAGGCAUUGGAACUCAAGACGAUCCGGCGGAAUUGUCUUUAAGUCGGACAAAAUGUCGACCUUUGAGCCUGUUAUCACGAUCGAUGGCAAAGGUCAUCUCCUUGGUCGACUAGCCAGCACAGUCGCAAAGCAGCUACUAGAGGGACAAAAGAUCGUGGUAGUGCGCUGCGAGGCGCUGAAUAUUUCCGGGGAAUUUUUCCGGGCCAAACUAAAGUACCAUGCUUACCUCCGAAAGAUGACCCGAUACAACCCGACUCGAGGAGGCCCAUUUCACUUCCGAGCGCCGUCCCGAAUUUUUUACAAGACUGUUCGCGGCAUGAUUCCUCAUAAGACUGCUCGUGGUGCUGCUGCCAUGGAACGGCUUAAGGUGUUCGAAGGAGUACCCCCACCAUACGACAAGGUAAAGCGAGUCGUCGUUCCACAAGCUCUCCGAGUUUUGAGAUUGAAGCCUGGACGGAAAUACUGCACUGUCGGUAGAUUAAGUCAUGAAGUUGGUUGGAAAUAUCAGGAUGUGGUAGCAAGACUUGAAGAGAGACGGAAAGUAAAAGGCGCAGCUUACUAUGCUCGCAAGAAGGCCGCAAGAAGACAACUAUCUGAUGCGCAAAAAGGUGCAGCGGUUGACAAGAGCACUCUGCAACAACUUUCUGAGCUAGGUUACUAG